AUGACCUUCACCUUCACAGCCCUGCUCUGUCUGGGACUGACUCUGGGCCUCAGGACCCCAGUGCUGGCAGGGACCCUCCCUAAACCUAUCCUCACAGUACAGCCAGACUCUGUGGUCCACAAGCAGACUACAGUGUCCUUCUUUUGUGAGGGGACCACAGGAGCCAAAGCAUACAGACUCUACAAAGAGGAAAUCCAAACACUAAAGCCCCUAGAGUUUCUACAAAAUCCUAAGGACAAGGCUGAAUUCUCAAUCUCAAAAACAGACCACAAACAUGCAGGACGAUAUCGUUGUCAAUAUCAAAUCCAUAAUGAAUGGUGGUCAGAGUUCAGUGACUCCCUGGAGCUGGUGGUGACAGGAGUCUACAGUAAACCCAGCCUGUCAUCCCAGCUCAGCCCUGUGGUGACUGAAGGAAGGAAUGUCACCCUCAGGUGUGUCUCAGGGCAGCAAUAUGACAGGUUUGUUAUGAUGAAGGAAGGACCUCAGAAGCUCUCCUGGAUGUUGGACUCACAGUAUAACCGCUAUAUUAGACAGUUCCAGGCCCUGUUCUCUGUGGGCCCUGUGACCUCCAGACAAAGGUGGACAUUCAGAUGCUACAGCUUCAACAGGAACAGACCACAGGAGUGGUCAGAACCUAGUGACCCCCUGGAGCUCCUGGUCUCAGGGACCCUCCACAAACCCACCAUCAAGGCUGAGCCAGGCUCUGUGAUCACUUACAGAAGCCCCAUGACCAUCUGGUGUCAGGGGAGCCUGGAUGCAGAAAUAUGUUUUCUGCAUAAAGAGGGAAGACAGAAACCCUUGGACACACAGACCCUAGAGAAGCCUGAGAACAAGGCCAAGUUCUCCAUCCCUUCUGUGACACAGCAACAUGGGGGACAAUAUCGCUGUUACUGUUACAGCUCAGGUGGCUGGUCAGAGCCCAGUGACACCCUGGAAAUGGUGGUGACAGGAAUCUACAACAAUAAAUCCAGCCUGACAGCCCUGCCCAGCCCUGUGGUGACCUCAGGAGGGAACAUGACUCUCAAGUGUGUCUCCUGGGAGGGAUAUGACAAGUUCAUUCUCACCAAGGAUGACCAGAAGUUCCUCAGCUCCAUGAACUCACAGUUCAUACACAGUAUUAUGCAGUACCAAGCCUUGUUCUCUAUAGAUCAUGUAACACCAGACCACAGAGGGACAUUCAGAUGCUACGGUUACUACAAGCAUGCCCCACACUGGUGGUCAGUACCCAGUGGACCCCUGGAAAUACACAUCUCAGGUCUGUCCAAGAAGCCCUCCUUGCUGACUCACCAAGGCCAGAUCCUGGACCCUGGGAAAAACCUCACCCUGCAGUGUGGUUCUGACAUCAACUAUGACAGAUUUGCUCUGUAUAAGUUAGGGGGAGCUGACCUCACACAGCAUGAGGGCCAGUGGACCCAGACUGGCCUCUCCUUGGCCAACUUCACACUGGGCCCUGUGAGCAGCUCUACUACAGGCCAAUACAGAUGCUAUGGUACACACAACCUCUCCUCUGAGUGGUCAGCCUCCAGUGACCCCCUGGAUAUCCUGAUCACAGGACAGCUUCCCUUCAGUCCUUCCCUCUCAGUGAAGCCUAACUCCACAGUACACUCUGGAGACAACGUGACCCUGCUGUGUCAGUCACCAUACAAAGUGGACACUUUCAUUCUGUCCAAGGAGGGAGCAGCCCAACAACCCCAGCGACUAAAAUCAAUGUUUCAAAUCUGGGAGUUCCAGGCAGAAUUCUCCGUGAGUGCUGUGACCUCUGACCUCUCAGGCACCUACAGGUGCUAUGGAUCUCAGGACCCAUCUCCUUACCUGUUGUCAUAUGCCAGUGACCCUGUGGAACUCAUUGUCUCAGGAUCCAUUGGAGUAUCCAGCCUGUCACCCUCAAGGCCCAUGCCAACAGAUGCCUCAGAGAACCAGGAUCACACAGUGGAGAAUCUCAUCAGGAUGGGGAUGGCUGUCAUGAUCAUCAUAGUCAUUGGGAUUCUGGUCUUUGAGGGUUGGGGCAACCAGAGACAGAUCCACCAUGCAGCUGAGAGGUAAUCAGAAGAGAAAGAAGUAAAUCUUUCAAGGUUCCAGAAUCUGAGAAAUAAUUCUGAUGAUUCAAGCUUUUUGUAAGAAAAUCCAUUUCUUAUGUGAGAGAAUUGUCCAGGAAGCAAAUGUGAUUUGGAUGAAGAGGAAGAUGUGAGUAUUGUGGUGAGAU